UACGGAGGCGUUGGCUCACCAUUUCGGCACUUCUUCCGGCCUUUCCGAGUCUUCCGGCAGUCUCGGCCGCUAUUCUUCUUUGUGGCGUUCUUCUCCUUCCUGUCGUUCAGUAUCUAUAUCUAUAAGGUGCUGAAGCAGGUCCACCCCGACACCGGUAUCUCCUCGAAAGCCAUGUCAAUCAUGAACUCCUUCGUGAACGACAUCUUCGAGCGCAUCGCUAACGAGGCCUCACGUCUGGCCCACUAUAACAAGCGCUCGACCAUCACUUCCCGGGAGAUCCAGACCGCUGUCCGCCUAACCACCGUGAAGAAGGCCGGAAAGGCUCAGAAGGCCGUCAGAGCCGGCGAUAAGAAGAAACACCGCAAGAAGAGGAAGGAAUCCUUCAGUAUCUAUAUCUAUAAGGUGCUGAAACAGGUCCACCCCGACACCGGUAUCUCCUCGAAGGCCAUGUCAAUCAUGAACUCCUUCGUGAACGACAUCUUCGAGCGCAUCGCUAACGAGGCCUCACGUCUGGCGCACUAUAACAAGCGCUCGACCAUCACUUCCCGGGAGAUCCAGACCGCUGUCCGCCUCCUAUUGCCGGGAGAGUUGGCCAAACACGCCGUCUCUGAGGGCACCAAAGCUGUCACCAAAUAUACUUCCAGCAAAUAAGUGACCAUCACUUGACACCAAACGGCCCUUU